GCGGCUGCCGCUGAGGAGGAGGAGGACAGGGAGAGGUCCAUGGCGGACGGGGGUGGGGAGCGGCUCGAUUUCCUGCGGGACCGCCACGUCCGUUUCUUCCAGCGUUGUCUUCACGUCCUGCCGGAGCGCUACUCAUCGCUGGAGACCAGCAGGCUGACAAUUGCAUUUUUUGCACUCUCCGGGCUGGAUAUGUUGGAUUCCUUAGACGUGGUGAACAGAGAUGAUAUUAUAGAGUGGAUUUAUUCCCUGCAGGUUCUUCCCACAGAAGACAAAUCAAAUUUAAAUCGUUGUGGAUUCCGAGGCUCCUCUUACCUGGGAAUUCCUUUCAGUCCAUCAAAGCCUCCUGGUACAGCUCACCCUUAUGAUAGUGGGCACAUAGCAAUGACUUAUACUGGUCUGUCGUGCCUGGUUAUUCUUGGAGAUGACUUGAGCCGAGUAAAUAAAGAAGCUUGCCUGGCUGGCCUGAGGGCACUUCAGCUGGAAGAUGGAAGUUUUUGUGCCGUACCGGAAGGUAGCGAGAACGACAUGAGAUUUGUGUACUGUGCUUCCUGCAUUUGCUACAUGCUCAAUAACUGGUCAGGCAUGGAUAUGAAGAAAACCAUAGACUACAUAAGAAGAAGUAUGUCCUAUGACAACGGACUGGCGCAGGGAGCUGGACUAGAGUCUCAUGGUGGAUCCACUUUUUGCGGCAUUGCCUCACUCUGUCUGAUGGGCAAGCUUGAGGAAGUUUUUACCGAAAAAGAACUGAACAGAAUAAAGAGGUGGUGUAUAAUGAGGCAGCAAAACGGCUAUCAUGGAAGACCCAACAAGCCUGUUGACACCUGCUACUCCUUUUGGGUGGGAGCAACUCUAAAGCUUCUGAAAAUAUUCCAAUAUACAAACUUCGAAAGAAACAGAAAUUACAUCUUAUCGACUCAAGAUCGCCUUGUGGGUGGAUUUGCCAAAUGGCCAGAUAGUCACCCAGAUGCUUUGCAUGCAUACUUUGGGAUCUGUGGCUUAUCCCUAAUGGAAGAAAAUGGCAUUUGCAAAGUUCAUCCCGCCCUGAAUGUAAGCACACGAACAUCUGAACGCCUUCAGGACCUCCAUCGGAUCUGGAAGUCCAAGGACUCUAAGCAGUGUCCAGAGGAUGCGCACAUCUCUUCAUGACUGAUUUAGGCAAAAACAAUUGGUAGCAUACCUGUAGCCCAAGGUUAAAAGCCAUGUAUAGCCAAGUGUGCUCUUUCUUUAAAUGGUGGAAUCAUACAAUCAAAUCACAUACUGGUGUCACUUCGGUAUGGGGUAUGGUCUUUAGCCAGUUCCUCUGCACUGGGAUACAAGUAAGUCUUUCAGUUGUUUUGCCAUUUGCCUCCGUGGACUCUAGUGAUUCUAUGGUUGGCUUAUUUUUCCAAGAAAUACCCAGAAGCAAAUUAGUGCUGGGGGAUGUGUGUGUUUUAACUUUUUUAGUGCAAAUCAUAUUGAAGUAUAUUAAUGGAAAAGGAUCUUGGAAGCAAGUUUACAUUUUCUAGAUCAUCAGUCCCCCUUUACAGUGUGACUCUACCAACUGUUCUACCUGUUGUUUAGAACCCCUUAACAGUUGCGUUUCUGGGGAUUAUUUCGUGAGACCAGAUGGGAAAAUUCCAGAGUGUUUAUAAAAUAAAAUUUAAAAAACCCCACAAAUGAUUGUCAUUUUCAUGGGUUUGUAGCUUUGGGUUACUUCUAGCCGCUGGAAUUCUAAGGCAGCGCCUUGUGUUUGUAUCUAAGGGAGUAGUGCUUCUGCUAUCCAUCUGAUGGUUUCCUUCCUCGAUGUGGUUUGAGAGAGCUAAAUUGUAGAAUUUCUUCAAUCAAAACCCAAGGUAUUAGCAAUUUGCCUGCUCUCCCAGAGCAAGUAACAAUUUAUGUUGAAUAAGCGAAGAGCAGAGUUGUCUUCUUUCACUUUUACGCUGUGUACCUUCAGGAAAAUUGUGUAGGUUUUCACUCACCGAGGGGGGCUGGGAUGAUCUGUCAUGCUGUCGAUUCAGCAGUGAUCAGGUUUGCUGAAUUUCUGUCUCUGUUGUGCCUGGGUGCUCAGAGAUAGGGUGGUUCAGUCAAAAUUUGAAUGCCAGACCUUCAAACCAAAUUGCCCAGAUGUCGUAUUCUGUCCUGUUUUUAAUCCUCCCCUUCCAAUUUACAUCACACCUCUCCCUGGCAAACUAUUAAACCAAAAGAGCAAGUGAUUUUUAUGUUGCAUCAACAUCCUGCAUCACUUUUCAGUUCCCUCAAAAGGUUUGCCAAAAUGCACUCUACAGCUCAUCUCUUGAAUGAAUGGAAUGCAGAACACUAGUCAAAGACAUCAACACCACAAACCACUGGAGCCAGAAUUCCCACAUCUUUCGCUUCGAUCCCAGUUGGUUGCUGCUGGAUCAGUUACUCAAGACAUACUAUUUUAGAGCUAUCUUUUCUGCACCAACAAUCGAGUUGAUGUAUUUUUUGCCACAGGGGUGUAGUGUGUAUUCGUUCACCUGCGAAAUGUAGUUAGGAGAGAUUUUUGUGGGGAAGAUCCUUUAGGCCUUUUGUUCUCUGGAGUCUCUUCCAAUCCCUGUUCGUUGUAAUUGUCAGGCUUAUGAGUUUUGCAAUGUCUCCAUUGGCGGGCAGGGGGGGCUUUAUUGUUAAAGGCUCUUUUUGUGAUUUCAAUGUUUAAUGUAUGGACCAGUGAAUGUUUGCUUUCCACAGCAAUGUAUUACAGAAGCACUAUUUGACUAAAAACACUGAGCCAGUGUGAAGUCUGCAGAGAUCAUUUCUAACUUUUUUCUAAAUUGUCAUUUUACAAGGAAACUUCAUGAAUAAAAUAAACUGUAAGCCAGAGUGCUUACAUGUAUAAACAAA